AUGAAUGGCUUGAAAGAGUCCAACCUUAUUUAUAGAAAGCCGCCAGUUUCCAAACGACCUCCCAAGAUGAUCCCCCAUUUCCCACCCAGCUGGAGUUUUGGCAGGGGCGUGGACGGCCAGAACAGCACAGAGGUCUCCUUCGUCCUGCUCGGGCUCUCCCAGUACCCACGGGCUCAGACCGCCUUCUUCUGCCUGCUCCUCCUGUCCUACACCAUCACCCUUUUGGGGAACGGCCUCAUCCUGCUCCUGAUCUGCUCCGAUCGCCGGCUCCACACGCCCAUGUACUUCUUCCUCAGCAACCUGUCCUUCCUGGACGUGGGCUACACCACAGCCAGCGUGCCCCAGGUGCUCGUCAACUGCUUGGUGAGCGUUCCUGUCAUCUCGCUAGGACGGUGCUUGGCCCAGAUGGUCGUGGGACUCUAUCUGGGUGUCGUGGAGUGUCUCCUGCUGGCUGCCAUGGCCUACGAUCGCUGUGUGGCCAUCGUGGACCCCCUGCGCUACCCUGUGCGCAUGGGGUCCCGGUUGUGCAGCCUGCUGGCCGGGACCUCGUGGACGGCGGCAUUCCUGCUGACCGUGGUCCCCGUGAUGACCAUGCCCUUGGAGUUCUGUGGCCGCCAGGUCAUCAAUCACUUCUCGUGCGAGUUCCUGGCCCUGCUCAAGCUGGCCUGCUCUGACCUGCAGUUCUAUGAGUCGCUCAUGGUGGGCACCAGUGCUCUGACCCUGCUGGCUCCCUUUGCCUCCAUUGUGGCCUCCUAUGGAAGGAUCCUGGUGGCCGUGCUGCGGAUGCGGUCCACGGAGGGCCACAGCAAGGCCUUUUCCACGUGUGGGUCUCACCUCACGGUGGUGGUGCUGUUCUAUGGCUCGGCCAUCGCCAUGUACAUGGUGCCUCAGGACAAGUUCAUCCGCGACCGAGACAAGAUCAUCUCCAUAUCGUACGGCGUCCUCACCCCCAUGAUGAACCCCCUCAUCUACAGCCUGCGGAACAAGGACAUGAAAGGCGCCCUCAGGAGGCUCCUGCGGAGAAAGGCUGACGUCUAAGGUGCGCGGCCGAGGAGGGAGGAAAUAAACUGAUGCUCUGGAGGGUGUGCUCUGGGCUGUAAACGGUGAGUUACUUCUUAGCAGCCGUUCAACGGGGGAUGCAUUA